AAAAAAGCUUUCUCUCUCUUGAUCCAUCUCAAUUGGUCAUUCUCUCACCUCACUCAUCAAAACAAAGCUCACACCUUUCUUCUUCAUUCCAAUAAACACUCUUUUCUCUUUCAGGGUCACCUUAUCUCUCAUUAAAGUCUUCAACUUUCUUUCAUUUUCUUUGACCCCUCAUUUCCAUAACCGUUUUCUCAAAUACAUUUUACCUGGAAGAAAUCAACAUUAAACAACACAACAAUAAUUGGUGGAAAAUUUGAUGAUGAAGUUUGAUAGAGCUACAAAGCUAAAUGAACCUAUAAAUGAUCAUGUGAGGGUUGAUUGUGUUGUUUCCUGUUGAAAUAGAAAGCAUAGGGUCCCAAGAUACUAUUUGUGUAUAGCAAAUUUGGAAUUAUUGGUGGAUUUUUCCUUCUAAGUUGCUUUUUUUAGGCAGGCACAAAAAAGCAAAGCUAGUGAAAUGAUGAAAGGGUGAGGUGCAUUUUGAACUUCAGGGGGGGCUGCUACUAGUGUGAAAACAUCUUGCUUUCUGAGCCACAAAAAGGGGUAAGCUAAGGGUAUUGAAAGUCUUCUUGUGGAGCAUAUAUCUAUCAUACAUGGUCUUUGAGACUUGAAUUGAGAGUUAGUUUUAAGCAAGGUAGUUUUUGUGGCAUUGUUAUCGGUGACGAUGAGUCGAGAGCAGCAGAAGAGGGGGAAGCAAGAGAAAGGCUGUGAUGGUGCUGAGAAGGUUAUUGUUGCUGUUAAGGCAUCGACAAAGGAAAUUCCGAAGACAGCUCUUGUUUGGUCACUGACUCAUGUUGUUCAACCUGGUGAUUGCAUUACACUUCUGGUGGUUGUUCCUUCACAAAGUUCAGGUAGAAAAUGGGGUUUUCCAAGAUUUGCUGGUGACUGUGCCAGUGGUAUUAAGAAGUAUCCUCCAGGAACAAUUUUAGAGCAGAAGAGUGAUAUCACUGAUUCUUGCUCUCAGAUGAUCCUUCAGCUCCAUGAUGUCUAUGAUCCAAAUAAGAUAAAUGUCAGGAUUAAAAUUGUUUCCGGAUCACCUUGCGGAUCAGUGGCUGCAGAAGCCAAGAAAGGACAAGCUAGUUGGGUUGUAUUAGACAAACAUCUCAAACCCGAGGAAAAGAAAUGCAUGGAAGAGCUGCAGUGUAACAUUGUUGUUAUGAAGCGUGCUCAACCGAAAGUGCUUCGCUUGAACUUGAUUGGACCAAAAAAGAAGGAAGUUGAAGAGGCAUGUACAUCACCUUCUGUGCAAGACGAUAUGCUUGAAAAGCAAACCAAAAAUAAGAUUGAUUCUUUAGUAGAUUCUAUCAAAGGACCAAAUGUUACUCCAACUAGCAGCCCUGAGUUAGGUACACCAUUCACUACUACUACUGAGGCCGGUACUUCAUCAGCCUCAAGCUCUGAUCCUGGAACAUCACCGUUCUUUAUCUCAAUGAAUAGUGAGUCGAAGAAAGAGGAAACCAUCAAGGAAAGUCAAGAACUUUGUGAUACUAAUUCAGACACAGAAAGUGAAAGUCUGUCCACAUCUUCCGCUAGCUUUAGAUACCAGCCGUGGAUCACGGAAUUGCUUUUACAUCAACAAUCAUCUCAACACAACGAGGAAAGAUCCGAGCCUUAUCACGGUAUGCCUCAAGCAACUACAACCAAAGCCUUGCUAGAAAAGUUUUCUAGGCUUGAUAGAGGAGCUGGAAUUGAAAUGUCGGCAGCAUAUAGAAAGGACUCGGACUUUAGUGGUAAUUUAAGAGAAGCAAUAGCAUUAUCAGGAAAUGCUCCACUUGGUCCACCUCCAUUGUGUUCAAUAUGUCAACACAAGGCACCUGUAUUUGGAAAACCUCCGAGGUGGUUCAGCUAUGCUGAGUUGGAACUCGCUACCGGUGGAUUUUCACAAGCUAACUUCUUGGCAGAAGGAGGGUAUGGUUCUGUUCACCGAGGGGUUCUACCAGAAGGACAGGUCAUUGCUGUCAAGCAACAUAAAUUGGCUAGUUCUCAAGGUGAUGUUGAGUUUUGCUCUGAGGUAGAAGUUCUGAGCUGUGCUCAGCACCGGAAUGUUGUUAUGCUGAUUGGAUUUUGUAUAGAGGAUAAGAGAAGGCUACUGGUUUAUGAGUACAUAUGCAAUGGAUCAUUGGAUUCACAUUUAUAUGGGCGGCAAAGGGAUCCAUUAGAAUGGUCCGCACGGCAGAAAAUUGCUGUUGGAGCUGCUCGUGGGUUAAGGUAUCUUCAUGAAGAGUGCAGAGUAGGUUGUAUCAUCCACCGUGACAUGAGGCCAAACAAUAUUCUCAUAACUCAUGAUUUUGAACCUCUGGUUGGUGAUUUUGGACUGGCAAGGUGGCAACCUGAUGGAGACAUGGGUGUGGAUACUAGAGUAAUUGGAACAUUUGGGUAUUUGGCUCCUGAAUAUGCUCAAAGUGGCCAAAUCACUGAAAAAGCUGAUGUUUAUUCAUUUGGGGUGGUACUGGUGGAGCUUGUAACUGGUAGAAAAGCUGUUGAUCUCACUAGGCCCAAGGGACAACAGUGCCUUGCUGAGUGGGCACGGCCGCUGUUAGAAGAAUAUGCCAUUGACGAACUGAUUGACCCGAGGCUGGGAGGUCACUAUUUAGAACAUGAGGUCUAUUGCAUGCUUCAUGCUGCUUCAUUAUGCAUAAGGAGAGAUCCUCAUUCUAGACCACGGAUGUCACAGGUUCUCCGAAUUCUAGAGGGUGAUAUGGUGAUGGACGCAAAUUACAUUUCAACUCCAGGCUAUGAUGUUGGAAACAGGAGCGGUCGCCUUUGGUCAGAGCCACUGCAGAGGCAGCACCAUUGCAGUGGUCCCCUCUUAGAAGAUUCAUUGGAGUCAUCAUUCAGUGGAAAUCUAUCUCUUGACAAGUAUAAACCUGCUUCCUAUUGGGAUAGGAGCAGGGACAAGCCAAGAAGGGCAUCAUGUGAAGGUGAUACUUGAAGUGAUUGAUCUUGAAAAAUGAUUCUCGUUAUGCUAAAUAUAUUUGUUUACCCUCCUAUUUUUUAUGUUUUCUUUCUACUUUUUCCAUUAGGAAGUGUCGGUGCUACAUAGGUAUCUGUCUAUAGUAGAGUGAAAGUUGUAUAAGUAUAUAGAGAAGCUUUUGAUUUUGUUUAGAGAAAUUAUGUAAAACAAGUGCUUCAAUGAACUUAAUUGAUUACACUUGAGAGAUUUCUGUGAUCUACAAAUGGAUGAAAUUGAAAUAGCUUAUUGUAAGGUGGUCCAACUCUCUCUCUC